AUGGCCACUGCCGAUGUCGAAGCUAUUGGCGCUCACUGCCAGAUGACCUUCUGUCAUCAACUCGACUUUCUUCCUUUCAAGUGCGAGAGUUGCAAAGGCAAAUUCUGCCUGGACCACCGCUCCGAAACAGCACAUUCGUGUCCUAAUGCUGGUGCUUGGGCAAGAGCACGCGCAGCUCAACAACGAUCCUCCUACACUCCCUCGCCCAAGCCCUCGGUCCUUACACACGAAUCGCAAUGCUCCGAGCCCUCAUGCAAGACUCUCAUCAACACUGCUCUGGUUCCCGGCGUCGAAUGCGAUUCCUGCAACCGCAGCUACUGUCUAAAACACCGUCUACGAGAAUCUCACGACUGCGCAAAGCUCACUCCCAUAGGAGCUCGUGCGAACAAAGAGAAAGGUCUGAAUGCUCUUGCCAAGUUGCGAGCUUGGGGUCAGGCCAAACAAAAGACCAUGACGGCAACCGCAACUUCUACAUCCAACCCCAAACCUCCAACCUCAUCAGCCAAACCACUCACUGCUGCUCAGCGAGUUCGUGCCACCGCCGACCUCAAGAAGAAUGCAAAGGGUGAUGCCAAGGUACCCUUGGAGAAACGCAUCUACAUCAACGUCGAGGCCUCAGCAGACACAACAAAGGCCAAGCAUCCAACCGGCCAAUUCUUCUACUCGUCCGAGUGGAGCAUUGGUAGGGUUCUCGAUCUGGCUGCCACGUCACUACAAGUCGAGAAUCUCAACAACCGUGUAGACGGCGAAGCAGAAAAGUUACGCGUCUUUCACGUUGAAGGUGGACGACUGCUCGAUUUUGGCGAGAAACUCGGUGCUGCCGUCAAGACGGGUAAUACUCUGGUUUUGCUCAGAGGCGUCGGUCCACCCGUCCCGGAUCUUAUCGUUCUUGAUCCGUAG